CGCAGUGCCGCGAGCACCAAAAAGCAGGCCUCGAAGACGGCGGACCAGAAGGCCACUGAGCUGCUGCAGCGCAUGAAGCUGCAGGAGGGGGAUCACCACGCCCCUCCGCAGACGCCGGGCAGCAUCAAGAGCUCUGCCAGCUCAGGCCCGGCCCCGGGCAUGAAACUGAACGAGAUGCCAUCCGAGCGGCUGAUGCGCGUUCACAACGACAUGACGGAUGUGAUCCAGGCGAUUGAGUUGCUGCAGCAGGAGAACCUGAGAAUCAAGUUCAAGGCCGUCGGACAAAUGCAAAACCUCUGCGCUUCCUGGUUUUCGGUACUGACAUUUUAUUCAAGAAACGAUGACUCUGUUAUCUUUCUAUGGCUGGUCCCAAGCGCUGACGUACUUUUGGUUUGUUCAUGAAUCUGUUGCGAAUUUUGUCAUAUUAAAACUACAGUCGACGACGAAGAUGACUCUGAAGACCUCUUUUGGAGCCUGGAAGGAGCUUCUGCACAAAAAGCGGAAUCUGGAAGCCGUGAACGCCGCGAUCAAGCACACUGAGAAGCAAGCGAAACUGAAGAACCAGCAGUCGCUUGAGGAGCAAAAGGUACAUACAACUUGUAGUUCGCUGCAUCGCAUACGCAUUUUUGUGUAGUUCGUGGUUUUUCAUCAUUCUUUUCCUUGCAUCUGCUUCUGUGACCAGAAGCAUGCAUGUCUGUGUUUCCUCUGGAUCAUGCUCAGUUCCUGCUACGUGAACUUCCGUAUUCGUUUGCGCGUAAGAACCAGUCCAGUCGUGGCAUGAUUUGUUUCUACCUAUUCAAUACUUUUCCAGGCCGAGCACGACCGGUUGCUUGCGGAGUACGUGGCGACGCACAAGGCGGAGGUGGAACGCAUCCGUGCAGCACACAUCGGCGACAAGGAGGGCUUCGCCGCAGAGUUGGAAGCACGCCUGCGCGGCGAACACGAGGAGAUCAUUCAAGGCCAUUUAGAUGACCACUCGGAAGCCAGAAAAAGCCAGGUAGAUAUAAGUGCAUUUUUGUCGAAAAAAGAUACGUAGCAUUUUUGUCGAAAAAAGAUAGUAGAACCCGAACCGUAAAAACCGGAUGAAGGUGCACGAGUAUCAAAUUUAUCAAAUGUUCACACAUAUGAUUGGUUGCUGACCCCACCCACAGCCACAGCUCUGCUCAUUAUUCCAUGAAAUAAAUCAUCUUAAAAAAUUUAAAACAGUCGGAGACGCACCGAACAAGCAUUCGCGAUGCGGAAGUUAAGCGGCAAAGCAUGCACGAAGAGUACGACCUGAAGCAUGCCGUGCAGGAGAAGGAGAUCGCGGCACUGGAACUGGAGUUGAAGCACCACCAGAAGAAGCUCGCGCGGGGCGUGGCCAAGCUGAACGCUAUGGAGCGGGCCAUGAUAGCGGUACGCUCCGCCAUGGGCACCUACGAAGUGGACCUGAAAAGCUCGACGCUGACCAGCCCAACAGCGGGAAAGGACCCUCUGAAUAAGAGCAUGGAGGCCGCCGCAGACCCAGAAAACGCCGAGCAAAGGGAGUACAUGAAAGACGCCCUGCACGAAAUCCUGGAACAAGUCGACCCGCGCUACCUCGGCCGGUCAAACGUUCCUCUCCGGAGCUAAUUGAACAUAUUUUUCACAUGAGGAGGAGCGAGGACGAAAAAUCAUCUGAAUCGACACAACAUCACCAGGAUCAUGUUUCGCAUCAGAUUUUUGGCAUGUAUUGCCUGAGAAUUUGUGCUCCACGAGCACGACGAGCAUUAUGACCGAUUAAAAAAUUUUCGUAAAGUAGGUGCUAUCUACUAGUUGUAGGUGCCUACAGAAACAGGACUAGCUCGUGCUUCGUAUCAUCAACAACUUCACCGCAAUUCAGUGCCGCCUUUCUCUGUUGUAUACGCAUGAAUCCACAUGAAUUUCCUCGUACGUUUUUUUUCGUUUUUUUCAACUUUACAUUAGUCCGUUUUUCGUUUUUCAUUUGACAUUUUAACAUCAAUUUACAUUCAAAACAGUACUAAGAGUUUAGGCUGAGAUCACAUCGAGUUCGAGCGCGACAAUUAUUUCCCGAGUCGUACGGAGAAUUGCACAUCAGGUCGCACGUGCAUCCCUAAAAUUAAUCAUUUUCAACAAGUUUCCCGAAAUUAAAAAUCGUAAUUUUCUCCUCAAGUAUUCUCACUUCGUAUGAGUUUCGCCUGCUGAUUACACAUAGGUUCUUUCUUUACCUGAUUUUUCUCUUUGUUUUUGUAUGCACAACAGAACGCAGAGAUAGAAGACCGGCAUCAAGUAGAG